GCGGCAGUAACAGCACCGGCAGCGGCAGCGCCUAAAAAAGUCAAAUUGAGUGGCGCAGUUUGGACUGCCGAUUGAAGAAGCUGUUAUUUUCAAAAUGACCAAUGCCGUCUGUGAGUCAUACAACAAAUCCUGGGUGGAAUUCGGCCUCUGUCGUUUGCGAGCUGUGAGUCGGAAUAAAGUCUGUCUUAAUGUCGAUGCCAACCUGCUUCACCCGGUUCACAAUGUUAUAGUAAAGGCCCAGUUGAUGAAAAGGGCCAAUGGGUACAAGCCCUGGCUCUAUAGCGUCAAUUUUGAUGGCUGUCAGUUUAUAAGGCGGAGAAAUAAUGCCCUAAUACGCAUUGUUUGGGACCUUUUCAAAGAGUACUCAACGAUAAAUCACUCCUGUCCCUAUGUGGGCUUGCAACAAGUUAAGAACUUUUAUCUGAGAUCUGAGAAGCUGCCAACUCCAAUACCCACUGGGGAAUAUCUCUUGCUGAUCGACUGGGUGUUCAACAAAAAGCCUCAAGCGGCCACAAAUGUGUACUUCACCUUUGUGGAGGAUCUGAAAGAUAGUUAGUAGUUCUGCCCAUUACAUCCAGUUGUUUUGAAAUUCAAAAAAAAUAAAUUGCAAAUCAA